AUGAAUCCUGAAUAUGACUACCUUUUCAAGCUGCUGUUGAUUGGAGACUCUGGUGUGGGGAAGUCAUGUCUGCUGUUGCGUUUUGCUGAUGAUACCUACACUGAAAGCUACAUCAGCACGAUAGGGGUUGACUUCAAAAUCAGGACUAUUGAAAUGGACAGCAAGAUAGUUAAACUGCAAAUUUGGGAUACAGCUGGUCAGGAGAGAUUUCGCACGAUUACCUCCAGCUAUUACAGAGGUGCACAUGGGAUUAUCAUUGUAUAUGAUGUUACUGACCAGGAGUCUUUCAACAAUGUAAAGCAAUGGCUGGAGGAGAUUGAUCGCUAUGCAUGUGAAAAUGUUUCGAAGCUGCUGGUGGGAAACAAAAGUGAUUUAACUUCAAAAAAGGUGGUGGACUUCACAACAGCAAAGGAAUUUGCUGAGACACUUAAAAUCCCAUUCCUUGAGACAAGUGCAAAGAACGCAAGUAAUGUGGAGAAGGCAUUUUUAACGAUGGCCUCUGAAAUCCAGAAGCGAGUCGUGGAAGACAACGUACAGAAUGAGACAGUCAAAGUGGGAAAAAUCAAUAGCGCUCCUUUGUGGCAUGGAGCUCAGAAACCAACAGCAGAGGAAGUCAACACCUGCUGUUAGUGCUAACAGACUUAACAUGGAGUAUGUUCAAGGGCUUUGCAUAUUUAAAAAGAAUAUUUUUUGGACUAAUUGGAUUUCACAGUUUAUGCUGAUUGAUGUUGAUUUAUGAAUGAAUAUACUGUAAAAC